AUGUUUGACACCCAUCCCACCUCCACCUCUCCCUCCCAUCCCGUCGCCACCUCUCAUUCCCAUCUCGCCGCCACCUUUCCCUCCCAUCCCGUCGCCACCGCUCCCUCCCAUCCCGCCCUCGUCCUCUCCCACCCCGCCGUUGCCUCUCUCACCUACCCCGCCGUUGCCUCUCACUCCCACCCCCCUGUCGCCUUGCCCUCCCACGCCGCCGUCGCCACUCCCUCCCACGCCGCCGCCGCCGCCUCUCCCUACCAUCCCGCCGCCGGCUCUCCCUCCUAUCCCGCCGCCGCCACUCCCCUCCCAUCCCGCCACCGCCACUCCCCUCCCAUCCCGCCACCGCUUCUCCCUCUUAUCCCGCCGACUUCUCCCCCUCCCGUCCCGUUUCGCCACUCUCUCUCAUCCCGCUGUCGCCACUCUGUCCCAUUCCGCCGCCGCCUCUCCCUUCCAUUCCGCCGCCGCCUCUCCCUUCCAUUCCGCCGCCGCCUCUCCCUUCCAUUCCGCCGCCGCAUCUCCCUUCCAUUCUGUCGCUGCAUCUCCCUCAUCCCCGCCGCGCCACUCCCUCCCGUCCCGCCGUGGGGAGACUUGCCUCGUCUUGCGUUGCACUACCGAUUGAAGAAGGGGAGAGAGGGAGCACGAGGGGAAGCGAGCACGCAAGAGAGUGCGCGUGAGAGAGCGUAUGUGAGAGCGAAGGAAGAUCUGGAGGGAGCACGAAGCGCGUGUGGGAGAGAGAGGCGGGAGAGAGAGUGUGUGCGCGCUUGCGCCGUUUGCGUGGGUGCCUUGGGCGCUUGCGCCUAA